AUGGAAAACUUUCAUGAUUGCCGUUGUGACUACUUUGAGCCAAUCGGAAAUGCUUUGCUGGAGCUUCAGGUUGAGCUUAUCGACUCUCUGGAAGAAUUGCAGCAGAAAAUGUGCAACUCUUUAUGCUUGCAGCGUAACGAAGAAUCGACAUUGGCUUUCAUGACGUUCAACUGGUGUUCAGCGGUCGUCCGUUUGUUGAUUCAGCGCGUAUCAGCGAAGCGGAAAUUCUUUCCCAAUGGCUUUUUGGUAUCGAGCAUUAACCAAACGACUCGGCGUUGGGCCCACUCGACGGUGCCCAUUAGUAAAGUGAGAAACAUAGGCAUCAUCGCACAUGUAGACGCAGGAAAAACUACUACCACGGAACGCAUGCUGUACAUUACUAGGGAAACGGAACACAUAGGAAAUGUUGACUCUGGAGAUACAAUAACCGAUUAUAUGGCUCAGGAGCGAGAACGAGGUAUUACAAUCACGUGCGCAGCUGUAAGUUUCCUCUGGCAGGGCUACCGCAUCAACUUGAUUGAUACUCCUGGUCAUGUGGAUUUCAUGUUAGAGAAAGAGCAUAUGGACUACGAAGCAGUGAUGUGUGCUCGGGAAGAAAUGGUGAACGUUUUGGCUGAAUGCGACGAGUCCUUUGCAGAACAAGUGUUAUCACUGCCAACUUUCAGAGAUGUACAGCCUGAUCUCGUAAUUGACGCUAUACGAAAUUGCACGAUUCAUAGAAAGAUAGUGCCAGUGCUCUGUGGCAGUUCUUUUCAGAACAAAGGCGUUCAGCCAUUGAUAUCUGCCGUCUGCCAUUUCCUUCCAAGUCCUGACGAGCGUCAGUAUGAAUUUCUGCGAUAUUUCAAGGAUCAUUUCUGUGGUCUUGCUUUCAAGUGUAUUCAUGACCAUUAUAAGGGAUGCCUCACGUUUGUUAGGAUAUACGGAGGGACAUUGCUGCCUGGUAAAGCAAUUUUCAAUAUCAACCGAAACUUAUCUGAGACGAUAUCCAAGUUGUACCUGGCUCAAGGGGACAGAAUGCGAGAAGUUCCGAAAGCAGUUGCUGGAGAUAUUGUUGUGCUGCCAGGUCUGAAAUGUACUGUUACCGGGGAUACGUUAGUGGAUAGUUUAGACACUGCACGAAAAGCUAACCGAAUCUACCUGGAGGCUCUCAAGCGAAAAGAAAUCAAUUCUGAAGCUGGACUGCCAGAUGUCAGUGCGGUGGAUGUUUCAGAGAAAGAUAAAAUAAUGCUGAUCGGGGUGCAAAGUCCAUCACCAGUGUUCUACUGUUCAGUCGAACCUGAAAGUCCAUCCAUGCAGUCGAGAAUGGAAACCGCUCUAAAUCAGUUAAUGAAAGAAGAUCCUAGUAUGAAAGCCCGAUUCGAUGAAUCGUCACAGCAACAUGUCGUAGAAGGAAUGGGAAAAUUGCAUAUCGAAGUUCUGAGGGACAGACUUCUGAAAGAGUUCAAGUUGAAGGUAUUCUUGGGAAAACUUUUCGUCAACUACAAGGAGAACAUUAACGUUCCUGGCUCUGCAACUUACAGCCUAAAUGAGACAAUCGGCGGCAAACAACAUAUGGUCUUUUUGCGUUUAUCUGUUGCACCUGACCCCAACGCCCACAGUUUGACCGCUAUUCAUGUCUUACAAAAACAUGCAGAAAAAUCCUUGUCUGACCAAUACCCGCCAAGGUUUAUUGACGCUGUUAAAGACGGUUGCAUUUCUGCUGCCUCAUGUGGUCCUCUUGGAUUUCCCAUGGAGCUUGUUGAAUUGAAAUUUCCCGGGAACGAUUUAAAGACAGUUUUAGUUCUUGUUCCCUUGGCCGAACUUCAUGACUAUUCCAGUACUUUACGAAUACUGUCGUCAGGAACUGCGACUCUGAACAUGCAGUUCUAUGAAUAUAUGCAAAUGACAUUGGCUGACCAACAGAAAGUGCUGGAAAGAAUGCAGCACGUCUGA